UCCAAGUGAUAGACUCCAACCAAGAAAGGGCUUUCUGAUACGGGACUUGGACUUCGCAUUCAUAGAACAUCCUCUCAACAGAAAAGCUGCCAACAAGCCUUUUGCAAUAAAAGUUUGGCGACAGUUGCAUGAUGAUAGAAAAGGUUCAAAACGGAACAAACAGCAGCAAAGAGGACCUAUACACAACCAGCCGUACAGGACAUAUUCUGGUGUUCCUGACCAAGACUUGCAUGGUGGCAGGAAGCCCUAUGUGCACUCAGAACCCCAAAGUCGCACGAAAGACAUUCGAAGAGGGCAAAACAUUAAAUAUGAAGAAAAGACUGUGACACAGUUGGGAGGUCCCAAUCGCCGUAAAGAUCCAAGGAAAGAUAAACCUGUUACUGUAGAGAGGGGUUGGUCUUCCCCUAACACACAGCAUGUUACUGCCCCUAGCACCCAGCACAUUAAUGUUCAGCACACUGGAUCACAUUCAAAGUCAAGACGAGGCAAGAUGGGUGGGGCAAGUGAGGACUAUUUCCAGGGAUGGCCUCCAUUGAAACAGGAUCGUAGACACUCUCGACGAAAGCACUCAAGUGUGUCCGAAGAUGAAGAGACUGUGUAUGGGUCACCUGAACCAUGUGCAGAACCUGCUGUUGCUGCAGAAUUAAGUCCCUGGGAAGAAAGUGAUGAUAAUUAUGAACAGCCUGUUAUGUCCCCAUCUCAAGCAGAAGCUGAUGAUGCUAGUCAUUUGGUUGAAGAUGAGGGGGCAUGUUCUCUAUCCAUCCUCAAUAAGCAGAACACUGAAACUGCAAGCUCAGCUCCAGUGAGGACAGACUAUGGAGGUUGGCCUCCACCAAGUCCACAUGGGGAAGGUGUUGUAGUAAAGACUGAACCACCCGCAGGUAAUGUCGAUGAACUUGAGCGCCUCAAGUUUCUUACAUUGGGGACUCCAGGACCACGUGCUGAAAGCUAUGAGCCUUUUGGUGGACUGGAAAAAUGCUGGUCCAGGACUCCGCCGUGGGAGCCCAGUAAUGAGACUCAGAAUCCAGUUAGGAGUUCCUCUGCAUCAGGGUAUGGUAUAUGCGACGUAAGUUCAUCUGUGCUGUGUCAACGCCAUUUAGUGGCAUAUGGGACAGCCCAUACCCUGGUGAAUCUGGAUCAGGCUAGAGCAGUUGUUUUUCCUUCCGAUUAUUACUCGGCAUGUCAUUCCUUCUACGAAGAAGAGGAACACUGAGUGUCUACGGUGAAUGUUUAUUCUUUUUUAAAACAAAAAAAAGAAAAAAAAUCAGUGUCGUCUUUAUUUCUCAUUUUGAAUACGCUUGUUUAAUAUAGUGAUAUCCACAAUUAAAAAAAAUUGUGACAAAAAAGUAAAAAAGAAAGACUUUGUACCUGUGUUUUUUAUGA